AUGAGCAAGGCCCACCCUCCUGAACUGAAGAAAUUUAUGGACAAGAAGUUAUCAUUGAAGUUAAAUGGUGGCAGACAUGUACAAGGAAUAGUUUGGGGCUUUGAUCCCUUUAUGAAUCGUGUGAUUGAUGCGUGUGUGGAGAUGGCAACUAGUGGGCAACAGAAUGACAUCAGCAUGGUGGUCAUACGAGGAAAGAGCAUCCUCAUGUUAGAAGCCUUGGAAAGAGUCUAA